UGAAAAGCAUCUUUUUCACAUCCUCCGGCUUUUACACUCCAACCAGGUUGUUUUGAGCAGUAGGCAUCAUGACGCACCAGUACCCAGCACUCAGCCCCGAGCAGAAGAAGGAGCUGCAGGAAAUCGCCCAGCGCAUCGUCGCGCCCGGCAAAGGCAUCCUGGCUGCGGACGAGUCCACAGGAAGUAUGGCCAAGCGCCUGAACCCCAUCGGCGUUGAAAACACCGAGGAGAACCGCCGUCUGUAUCGCCAGCUCCUCUUCACGGCCGAUGAGCGCAUAGACUCCUGCAUUGGCGGUGUCAUCUUCUUCCACGAGACCCUUUACCAGAACGCGGACGAUGGCACUCCUUUCGCCAAGAUGAUCAAGGACAGGGGCAUUGUCGUGGGCAUUAAGGUCGACAAAGGUGUCGUUCCUCUGGCGGGGACCAACGGUGAAACCACAACGCAGGGGUUGGACGGCCUGUCUGAACGCUGCGCCCAGUAUAAGAAGGACGGCGCUGACUUCGCCAAGUGGCGUUGUGUGCUGAAGAUCAGCGAGACCACUCCCUCCGAGUUGGCGAUCAUGGAGAACGCCAACGUCCUGGCUCGCUAUGCGAGCAUCUGCCAGCAGAACGGCAUCGUGCCCAUCGUGGAGCCGGAGAUCCUGCCUGACGGAGAUCAUGACCUCAAGCGUUGCCAGUACGUCACUGAGAAGGUCCUUGCUGCCUGCUACAAGGCUCUGUCUGACCAUCACGUCUACCUGGAGGGCACACUGCUCAAACCCAACAUGGUGACUGCCGGACACUCCUGCCCCACCAAAUUCUCCAAUGAGGAGAUCGCCAUGGCAACAGUCACCGCCCUGCGCCGCACCGUUCCUCCAGCAGUCACAGGCGUAACCUUCCUGUCUGGAGGUCAGAGUGAAGAGGAGGCAACCGUCAACCUGAAUGCCAUCAACACAUGCCCCCUGACCAAGCCAUGGGCACUCACCUUCUCCUACGGCCGUGCUCUGCAGGCUUCAGCCCUGAACACCUGGCGCGGGGUCAAGGGGAACACGAAAGCCGCCACCGAGGAGUUCAUCAAGCGCGCCGAGGCUAACGGCCUGGCCGCUAAGGGAAAGUACGUGUCCAGCGGAACUUCCGGCGCUGCGGGACAGUCUCUGUACGUGGCCAACCACGCCUACUAAACCUCCCCACCACCAUCGCCCCCGCUUUCUCCAGCUUCUGCCGACCAGUAGUAUCUUCCACAGCAGCUUCCCUCUCCGCGUCACCAGCCAAUCACAGGCCUGCGUUGUCGUCUGUCUGUUCUCUCUGCAGGAGUCGUCGAUAAAACGUCUCCUAGUCUUGUCUAGCUAAAAAAAAAAA